ACAAAGGCGAACUCCACGCGUAGAUUCUACACGGUCACCAGAUAGACGCCGCUGCUCGUGCAUGUAGCAAACCGACUGUUUUGUUUGUUCCCGAAACAAAGCACUUUCUGACUUGUUCUUGUGCUAUCUCCACUUUUAUGUGUAUUGUUCAAGGAGUUGAGUUGCUCUCUGUGCAUCUUCUUUGAGAGCUGGCUUGAAAACUUUGAACUGAGCAUGAGUAGGGCCAGGGGUUGAGGCUAAAAAUGUUCAACCAAUUCAAAUAUGAGAAAUCGAAAAUGGCUGACAAAAUCUUUUCAGUGAGAGAUGAAGAAGACGACGACGGUGGCUCUUCCGACACAGAGUCUUGGUCGGGCACACCGCCAGACACUCCACCUCCACUAAUCCGUCGGGCGCCCAUCACCACCAUACCUGAGACACCACCCGAGAACUGGUGCAAAGUCUCGAACACUCACUCGGAGAGGUCGCAGCCUUGUGCCAGCAAUGUCCCGUCCUUCUACGGGGUGCAUAGCUCAACUAUCAACAACUCAUCAUCGUCAGCAAGAGCCACGGCUGGUAUGAGCGCUUCGAGUAGCAGCAGGAAGCCUGCUCCGAUACGGUUGUCUUUCAAAGAGAAGAGCAGCACUGCCAGCAGUGAAAAUGGAACAACGGACAGCAAAGCUGCUGCUCGCUCCGGGAAGUCUCUUGACGUGAUGCGUUUAGUGGAAAUGUUCCCCGAAACUGAGCCGAGUCAUCUGCAAGAAGUGCUCGAUGGCUGUGAAGGCAACGUGGAGGCAGCUGUUGGAAAGCUGCUGGCUGAAGACGGAGAGUCUCCUAUGCCAGCCUUGGUGCCAUGCGGGAAACGACGUCGCCUUGUGUCAGGUGAUUCAGAUGAUGGCGGUGACGUGGUGGUUGCAUCUUCAGCGGUCACGGCUGCUAAGCGUUCGCGCCGCAUCUCGUCGGCGGACAAUGGAUCGAUGUCGCUGCGAAUCAGCCCACGCAGCACACGCUCUGUGUCCAUUGACGAGAGUCCCAUUGGCAGGAAGCCCCGCGGUCGGCGUGCAUUCCUGGCUGCUAGCGAUGACGAAGACGAGAAUGGCGGCGGUACUGGUGCUGGUCUUAUUAUGGUCAGCGAAGACGACGAGAACACUGAAGAGUAUUACGUGGACAACUGGAUGCACGUGCGCAAGGAUCACGUUCUUCACUUCCUCAACACGGCCAAGGGCCAGAAGAUGGCCACGGUGAUGAAGGUCAGCUAUGUCAAGCAAAUGCGUAGCCGACGACCGUUCGCUUCCUGGGAAAUGUUUCUUGAGCAGCUGGCUGAUGCAAAGAUACCUGAGGAGCGCAUCAUUCCGAAAGUGCACGUCCUUGUUGAAGACAUCCUGGUCAUGCGGACACUGAUGGAGAAGUGUGACCGCGUGUCCAAGCGCUUGAAAAGCCUCUUCGAUAACAGUGGUAGAGCCUCACACCUUCUUCCCCAGCCUAAGAAUCUCAAUACCAAUAUGACAUUGACAACGUACCAGCGGAUUGGCUUAACGUGGAUGGUGCAGCUAUACAAAGAGGAGGUCAAUGGUAUUUUGGCUGAUGAAAUGGGCCUUGGUAAGACUGUGCAAGCUAUAGCGUACCUUGCACAGCUCAUGUGCAACAAAGUGGCUGGCCCAUACUUAAUAGCCGUGCCUAGCUCCACCAUUGAGAACUGGGAGCGAGAGAUUGCACUCUGGUGUCCGGACAUGAACGACAAGUUGCUGAGUUACAGAGGUUCACAGCCCGAGCGCUUGGGACUUCAAGAAGAGCUUCGUGCCAACCCUGGCUACUACCAAGUGGUCCUGACAAGCUAUACAACUUGCACUGGCAAUUACGACCGCAAGUUUCUGCGUCAUUGUAACUUCACGGUGUGCGUUCUGGACGAGGGGCACAUGCUCAAGAAUAUGGUCUCCCAGCGCUAUGCGUACAUGUCCCGUAUCUGUCCAACAAGACGUCUCUUGCUGACCGGCACCCCGCUACAGAACAACCUCACGGAGCUGCUCUCUCUUCUCCACUUCACAAUGCCCGACAUCUUCAGUCCGACUCAGGAGUGCAUUCGCAGGCUAUUCUCGACGGCAUCCGGAAAGACUGCUCAAGACGAGGGUGAUGGCAGCGUGGAUAGUGACGAUGUGGACAAGAUUGCGCGCACUGCUCACCACAUCAUGCAGCCGUUUGUCUUGCGCCGGCUGAAGGCUGAUGUGUUGGACAAUUUGCCGGCGAAGGAGCACAAAGUCGUGACCUGUGCCAUGGUGGAGCGCCAGCGUGACAUGUACACGAAGAAGCUUCAGCACAUCCGCAGCACGUCUGCGCUGAGUCUUAGCUCCCUUAUGGAGCUGCGGAAGUUGGCCAACCAUCCAUUACUUUGCCGUGGCAUCUACACCGAUGCUGUUUUGCGCACUAUGGCGGAUAAAAUCUACCGAGAGAACACCGCCCACUACAACGUGAACUUUGUAGAGGAGGACAUGUCUGUCAUGUCUGACUUUGAGCUGCACAAGCUGUGCCUGCAGCAUCCGUCUUUGCGAGGUCAUGAGCUAAGCCAGGAUCAACUCAUGGAUUCUGGUAAAUUCAAGCAGCUCGAUAUACUGCUGCCCAAGUACAAGAGAGAUGGAGAUCGUGUCCUUCUCUUCAGCCAGUUUGUGAUAAUGUUGGAUAUUGUUGAGGUGUAUUUGAAAGCGAAGGGCUAUCGUUUCCUGCGCCUGGACGGUAGCACAGCAGUCAGCGAUAGGCAAUCUCUUAUCGAUGACUAUUCCAAGGACAAAGGAAUCUUCAUCUUCUUGUUGUCAACGAAGGCCGGUGGCCUGGGUAUCAAUCUUACUGCAGCCAAUGUGGCUAUCCUGCACGACAUUGACCUCAACCCUCACAACGACCGACAGGCGGAGGAUCGUUGCCACCGUGUCGGCCAGACCAAAUGCGUGUCGGUGGUUCGUUUGCUCAGCCAGCACACUGUCGACGAGGUGAUGAUGAGAGUCGCCGAGCGCAAGCUCAAGCUGGAGAAGGACGUCGCCUUGUCCGACGAAAGCUCGGAGAAUGUCGAUGAUGCCGCCAAGCUGCUGAUGGAAGCAUUCAACGCAUAGACUGACAUGGGUAUGGCUAUGCUAGCUAGCGUGCGUCUUCUACGUGUCAACUGCUUACUCCAUGCUUUUCGUUCAGUUGUUCUUGCUGUGCAGUGUCGUGUGGUUUGGUUUCUGGGAAGUCUUUUCAUUCCUCAUAUUUCCUCUGCUGUGUCCAUCAGGGCAGCACUCAAGCUGAUACUCCAAUAAUAUUACUUUUGACUGAUUCUACUGUGCGGGGUGCAGUAGCCGGAUUAUUGCAAAGGUCUUGUUCACUUCUUAUACAAAUGCAUGGUGUUCCUCUGGCUGUAGGUAUUGUGUGAGAACCAGCUUUUAUGCUACUCCCAUGCCCAGGAGAUGAGCUCCUUUAUUUCCUCUGGCUUUGGUCUUGUGUGAGAACCAGCUUUUAUGCCCAGGAAACUACGGGCUCCUUUAUUUUAUUAACUUAACAGGCCUAUCAACUCUCCCGGUUCAUCUAACUUUUUAACGGUUUGAAAAUUCUUUUUUAAAAAUGGCCUUGUGCCACUAACAGUUCA